AAAGAUCGUGUCCUCUAUAAGUGUUAAGAUCUUCGUGGGGAACAUCACACCGCGGAGGCGAUCGUUCUGAGGAAUCGGUCUCCUGUAGCCAUAACCGACCAUGGCACAGGCUGCCUUCAGACAGGAUAUGCCGCCCGAGGGCGGCUAUAAGGCUCUGAAUUUUAAAAGGGUCCCCGGUCAGAAGUACUUCACGAAUCGAUUCCUCUUCACCUACUUCGGAGCGAUGAGCAUCAUCAGUUGGAUUGGAUACCGAGCCGGUUUUCAUCGUUAUCGUCAUAUGAAGCUGGACAAUGCCGAUCGAGACGUCGCACUCACGCCCUUCAUGCUGGCCGAACGCGACAGAGCCUACAUGAAGCAUCUCAGAAGGAUGCACGAAGAGGAGAAGGUUGUCAUGAAAGACGUCCCCAACUGGAAGAUCGGGCAUCACUACAACCUCCCGAUUUACAACACGCUGCCGGAAGAUUAUCACCUCGAUCCGAGUAUUGAGGAACUCUUCGCACACGCCUCGGAGGCAGACAUCGUGUGGACCUGGGCCUUCCCCAUGGCUCAUUUCAACUAUUUCCCUAGAGGAAAGCUCCUUUGAGCCCCAGGACGCAUGUCAACUCGAGGAUUAGAGAAUAAAUUGAAGUUACUCCGA